UGUAUCAUAGUCGAAACUGCCAGUUUGGUUUGGCGUUGCACUUUGGAAGGACUAUUUUUUGUGUGGUAAAAAAAAUGACCAAAUGAAGUGUGAAAAGUGAGUGGAUUAGAUUGAUUGAUUAUCAAAAGAAAACGGUACUUGUAAUCUACAACGAACAGCCAAAAUGGCAAGGACAAUCAGUGCGGGAGUGACGGUGCUUUUCGGACUAUGCGUGUUAAGUGCAGUCGUCAACGGUCAACUAGUUGAUAGAAUAUGCGCUAGCACCAAGUUUUCCGAACAAUGCCUGCAACUUCAAAGGGGCAAUCCGGAAGUCGUAUGCGUCACAGUUCAAGACAGCAUUGAGUGUGCGCAACGGAUUCGUAAUGGCACGGCUGAUAUGGGAGUUUUCAGCGCGGAAAGCAUGCUACAGUUGGCAACGCUAGCUUGGGAUGGAAUCACCGUUGUGAAGGAGCUCCGACACAGGGAUCGAACCCGGGAAGUCGUGGAUUUCCGUUCGGUUGUGGUGGUCUCCUCGCAGCAUCAAGGAGGUGUCGAUGGUCUGCGCAAUAAGAAAUUCUGCCAUCCGGGACUACACUACGGACGCCAGCAGCGGUGGAGCGAACGAUUUCUGAAGCACUUUGAACGAUUGGUCGUGCCGGCUUACUGUGCGGAUUUGGAUAAUGCUGCGGAAAUUGAAACAGCUGCCUUGUCGAGCUUUUUCCAGUCUGCCUGUCGACCGGGCAAGUGGUCCAACGUUCCCCAGGAGGACGCCAGCUUGAAAUUGAAAUACCCGAAUCUCUGCGAGUUGUGCCAGAAUCCCAACGAAUGCACUUACGAUACCUCGACAACGUCCAGUCACCGGGCAGCGUUGCAAUGUCUUCGUGCCGGCGGAGACGUGGCCUACGUAUCUCAGCAGGAUGCUAUCGAGUUCUUCGACGCCAACAACGACAUUGUCAGCCAAUAUGGAUUUUUGUGCCCGAAUGGAACUAUUGAAGCGAUAACCGGAAACAGUAACCCGUGCUCGUGGUUGACCCAACCAUGGCCGGUAGUCAUGUCCACGGCCAACAGAGCCAUCGAAAUCUCCGCCCGCAUCGAGCGUUGGCUGCGACCUACAUCCAACUCCAACUGGGAACAAGCCAUCCAGGAAAUCAUUACUCAAGAUAGUCGCACUGCUAUUUCGGUUGGUUCGAUCCAGGCCCCGGUAGACUAUCUGCGUCCCUACCGUCAGCUACCGAUUCCGUCGGAUCUGUGCCAAACUACGUCCCGCUGGUGUACCACGUCUCCGGAGGAAAAAGACAAAUGCGAAGUGCUGCGGACAGCUGCCCUAACGACCGGAAUUUUCCCGACGAUCGAAUGUGUGGAUCCAACAACCAGUCGUAUGUCCUGUUUGAACGAGAUUUCCAAUAACCGCGCUGAUUUUACCGGAAUCGAUUCGAAUUUCGGUUACCUUGCUAGACACCCAUUCAACUUGACGGCAGCAAUGUUCCAAGAAACCGAAAAGGAGAAGUACUCAUCAGUGGUAGUGUUGGUGCGAGCUGAAAGUCGUUUCACUCGGUUUGAAAAUCUGCGAAACGCCAAGGCCUGCAUCCCAGAGUUCGGAGGAAUUGCAUCUAUUGCGUUCAUAAAUGUGGGAAAAACUCGAGGCAUUUUUGAUCAGCACGAAUGUGAUUACGGUCGUCUGUUGGGAGAUUUCUUCAGCGAGUCGUGUGCUCCAGGUUCUCGGGAUAGUUUGCAUGAUCCUCGAGGGGAAAAUCCUGAAUCGCUUUGUUCGUUGUGCAAUGUGCCAGUACGACCCCAAGAUCCAGUACCAUUGGCAUCCAGGGACAGUGGCAAUGAUGAUGGAGAAGAAGAUUCAACUGCUUUGCCAGAUGAAGUGGAAGACCAACCAUCUGAGGUUCAGGGCAAGGCUGAUAUCGACGCGACUGUGGAAAGGAAUAUUAAUUGUGCUGCCAAUGUCAAUAACCCGUUCUAUGGAACCCGUGGUGCACUGAAUUGUCUUAAUACGCAGGGUGAAGUAGCGAUCGUCGAGGUUCAAAACUUGGCGGAACAUGCCCGGGCUUUGAACAUUAAUCCAAACGACUAUCGAGUUCUUUGCAGAAAUGGAUCACUUGCAGCCUAUCCAGGAUUCCAGGUAGAUGAAGAAUGUUAUCUUACUACGAUUGUCGAUGGGGAAAUAGUUGUCCGACGUCAGUCGUCCAAGACAGCUGGUAUAAUCAACGCCCUUAGCUCCUUGGAUAUCUAUUUGCAAAAUGAUCCCGAUUUCCGAAUGUACAACAUCUUUGGAGGUGUCAAGAACUUACUGUUCGAGGAUUCAGCGUUGGGAUUGGUCUCUCCACAGCAUGCAGAGCUGGGUCAUGCAGUACAGAAUUACAUUCGACUGUUCGAGAACAUUGAAGAUUGCACAAGUGCAGGCAUCAGCACCACAACUGUAGACCCGAACAAGGGUGCCAUUAUCACUAUUAACAUUUUCAUGACGAUGCUGUUCGUUGCUUACAACAUAAUUCGAGGAUAACUCAAGGCUUAGGAUAGUUCUUUCGCAAACGUUCAAAAAGCAUUUUUUUUUAGAAUUCAUCUAGCUGUACAGUUGUAUUAUUUUAACAAAAAAGCGUGAAUAAAUUUUAAAUCGAUCCUAA